AUGGGGAAACCUCCAGGAAUGAAUCGCUCCUUCGUCAAGGUUUUGGUAGCUUUAUUGACAUACUUCAUGGAGACAAACAACUUCAGAGUUGUGGAUGCCAAGGAGCACGAUUCCAGGUCAUCCUCCAACAUGUCUCCAUCAGACUUUCUGGACUCACUCAUGGGUCGCACGUCCGGGUAUGAUGCACGAAUACGACCGAAUUUUAAAGGUCCACCCGUUAAUGUUACCUGCAACAUAUUUAUCAACAGCUUUGGUUCUAUAGCAGAAACUACUAUGGAUUACAGGGUGAACAUCUUCCUGCGGCAGAAGUGGAAUGACCCUCGGCUGGCGUACAGCAAAUACCCAGACUCCUCCCUGGACCUGGACCCGUCCAUGUUGGACUCCAUAUGGAAGCCCGACCUCUUCUUCGCCAACGAGAAAGGAGCCAACUUCCACGAUGUCACCACCGACAACAAGCUGCUGCGGAUCUUCAAGGACGGGACGGUCCUCUACAGCAUCAGGUUGACUCUCAUUCUGUCCUGCCCGAUGGAUCUGAAGAACUUCCCGAUGGACGUCCAAACUUGUACGAUGCAGCUGGAAAGUUUUGGCUACACCAUGAACGACCUGGUCUUUGAGUGGCUGGCGGACGGCGCAGUGCAGGUGUCAGAGGGGCUCACCCUGCCUCAGUUCAUUAUGAGGGAGGAGCAGGAGCUGGGCUACUGCACCAAACACUACAACACUGGUAAAUUCACCUGUAUCGAAGUGAAAUUCCACCUGGAGCGUCAGAUGGGCUACUACCUGAUCCAGAUGUACAUCCCUUCUCUCCUGAUCGUCAUCCUCUCCUGGGUGUCCUUCUGGAUCAACAUGGACGCUGCUCCUGCCCGAGUGGCACUGGGCAUCACCACUGUGCUUACCAUGACCACCCAAAGCUCCGGCUCCAGAGCUUCUCUUCCAAAGGUUUCUUACGUGAAAGCCAUCGAUAUCUGGAUGGCUGUGUGUCUGCUCUUUGUAUUUGCUGCAUUGCUGGAAUAUGCCGGGGUUAAUUUUGUCUCCAGGCAACAGAAGGAGUUCCUUCGGCUGAGGCGAAGACAAAGGAGGAAUCAAAAGGACGAGGACAUGCGUGAGGGCCGCUUUAAUUUCGCUGGCUACAACAUGAGCCAGUGUCUGCCAACAAAGGACAGCUCAGCUGUCAAGAAUGUCGCUCCGGCCCCGAACCCCCAACCGCCUGUCCCGAAGGACAUAGACGCCAUGAGGAAGAAGUUCGUGGACAGAGCCAAGAGGAUAGACACGGUCUCCAGGGCCGCGUUUCCUCUGGCCUUCCUCAUCUUCAACGUCUUCUACUGGGUCACCUACAAGAUCAUCAGGCACGAGGGCAUAGACAAGAAAUAA